CCAAGACCGCCUGAACGCUCCAUCUAACCCGAGACGACAUUUCACAAGUACUGUCGUCGAAAAUGCUUCGAUCCGCGUCGUCUUUCUCGCGCUUACUUUGUAGAGGUGAAAAGGUAAGGAUUAACUGCUUCUUCUCUAGAGUACCGUCUUAAGAGAUAUUUUGAUGGCAUUGGCUAGUGUAAUAAAUUGAUACUAUUGUAAAUUACGAAAUGUCUCUAGUGGUGCGAAACCUAUCAGAGCUAAAUUAAAUAUGGUUUGUUAUGGAGGGAAUCACUUAACCCCAAGAGCGCAUAUUUUUUCGCUCUAGCACUGGUUAUGAAGAAUUUACUACUAGUUCACACAUAUCGAGAAGAGAUGAUGAUCUCUGGUGAUUUGCCCCUCUGGGACACCACCAAUGACGUUUACAGACCAUUGCUCGUUGGGUAAACGUUUAGACAUAGUUUUAUCUUGGAUCUGGUGGCAUAUGUUUGAAAAUGAAACUAUGAUGUUACGGUAGUACUGGGAAAUAAAAAUGUUUUUCCUGGGACAAAUUCACAAACUUUCUUCCUACAACCACAGUAAAGAUGGUUUCUGGAUUCUUUUUUUAACCUUUUUGUGAUGUAAGAUCUCAUUAGUAAUUCUCUUUACUGUCUGUCAUCUAUCUCUUAUGAUGAUAGUUGGAAUAAUUUGAUGUUUGAUCAAAUAAUAACCCCCUAUGUUGUAAUAAUUAACAAUUAUUCACCAAGGUGGAUGUAGAUAUUUACUGAGCCAUUAAGUAAAUAUCCACCACUUCCACUGACACUAAAGUGAAUAAUUGCUUUAGCAUAUACCACACUGGUUUAUUUCCCCCUAUAUACCUAAAAAUGGUUGGAAAUUAAACUAUUGACAUGCGAUUUUGUCUCAUUGGCUGCUCCAAGGUGAAUAGUACUUGCUUUUCACAUCUGACAUAGUACACAUACUUGUGUGGUUUAUACCAACAAUAUACCCCUUUAUUCUCAUAUCUGGUCAGCUUGAUAUUGUAUUGAGUGACAGGGGCAAGUAAGGAGGAGAGGAAAGGGGGGUUGGUUAGCAUGGCUGUUACUACCUCUGGUACAUGGCUGAAAGAGAUGGUCACUCUACAAAUUCCAAAGUUGUUAUGUCAUCCACUAGAAAUUAAAAACAAAAUUGUGUGAGGACUAUCAAGAAUUGCCAGAGAUAUUCUUAUAACUACCUAAGUUGGUGUCUUGUACCUAAGAAUUCCAAAUGAAUUUUAAGCUUGCCUUCCUACCAGCACUAGGUGAAUUUAUUGCAAUAUGCUUAAUUUCUUUUUAAAAUUCUUCUUUUGAUUUCACAGACAGCUCCUUUGGCAGCAGCAUGCAAGAGGUUUUAUGGAGAUGGUGUAAGUACUCAGAUCUUUUGCAUCAAUGUUUUGAGACCAUUUUAUUUAAUUAUAUAGCAGCUCCUUGUCGGUAUUUCCUUCAUUUGUCUUUGUGAACAGUUUCUUAAAAAAGUGGAUGAUACAAUGGUUCAAUAACUUUUUCCAUAUGCAGCUCCUGAUGGAGUAAUUGACAGCUGUGCCUUAAAUGCAAAGUCCAAACAUGGGAACCUGUUCACAGGCUAAACCAUUUAACUCCUAAGAGUGACAAGAAUGUAAUUUCUCCUCAUAAUAUCACCCCUAGAUCACACAUUAAGGUCAUGAAAAUAAAGCAAAUGAUCACCAACUUAAGAAGCUCUUGAUUGUUAAACAAAUUCUCCUUGUCAGCACCUGAAGAAAUGUAUAGAUACCAGUAUGGAGAAUGUGCAUAUUGAUGUUAGGGUGUAAAUGGUUACCAGACAGCAGUAGAAGGUUGCACAGGCAGUGCUAGGCCACUGUUAACUGGCUUUUACUAAAACCACUGUGUUAUAUGAUCUAAUUGGUUAUUUACUUUACCUUCUCAUGACCUUAAUGUUUGAUUAAGGGGUGAUGGUUUGAGGAGAAAUUAGAUGUUAGUCACUCUGAGGAGUUUAAGGGUUAAAAGUUUUGUGUGGCCUUUGAACCACUUGGGCCUUAUGGGCAAGUGAUUAUAUUGUAUACAGUAAAUGGUUUGAUGCGGGGGUAACAUGUGAUAGUGUAGACUUAUCAUCUGAGUGAGUGUAAUCCUGAGAAGCACUGUUGUCAAAAGUGGUGACUGACAUUUCAAAAACCUGAGCAACAGUCAUCAUCAGAGUCAAGUGAAGAGUUGUUUGUCAAAUGCUGUAAUUCCAGAUUAUACUUUCUUGUAGUUACUGAAUCAGGAAUUGAAGGUUUUGUAUGCUUUUUUCACAGUCAAACACAAAGCUUUUUAUCAAUGGUGAGUUUGUGGAGUCAAAGACUGACAGAUGGAUUGACAUUCACAAUCCAGUAAGUGCUUAUUCACAGACUUUGGGAAAACUUAUUAAUCAUUCCCUUAUAUUUAGAGCAAUACUUUUAUCCUUUUGAAAGAGAAAGGAGUCUUUGGACCCAGAAUGCUUAUUAUUUUUCAAGGAUCAUAACAAGUUUACCUUGGUUGCAUGAAACCCAUAAGUUUUUUCAAAGGUCUUGAAGGCUAAGGUUUUUAGAAAAGAUCUAUGUUUGACUUACUAUCUUUCAAGUCUUCUUUGUGUCACAUAUAUUUGUGUAGACUAAAAAUACCUCAGGAAUGAAACAUUGGAAAAAAUUAAACAAAGGAAGGGCUAACACUUGAAUCAUUAGCUUUGUAAAUCUUUGUGGUGGCCAAUUUACAUCAUCAACUCAGUUGAUAAUACUAAAUUACCCUGUUACACUCUCUUACCAAUGCAGUACCAAAUUUUUUUUCAGAAUUGUACCCCCUUUAUUAAUGUUGUUGUUUGUCUGGCUUUAAAAAAUGGCAAAAAUAAAGAUGACAAUGAUAAAGUCUUAAUAAAGCCUUUUCUCUAUAACUUUAACAACAAAUUUUGCAUGUCACAGAAAAUUUCAUGACAUAGCUCUCUUAACUUUUAGUCUUGAGAAUGUUUUUGUUUUUCCCAAGGCUACAAAUGAUGUGAUCUCCCGAGCUCCAGAGACAACAAUAGAUGAAAUGGAGUCUGCUGUGGCUGCGGCAAGGGAAGCUUUCCCAGCCUGGGCAGAGCAGUCUAUCCUGUCACGCCAACAGGUCAUGUUCAACCUUCAGCAUCUGGUGAAAAAGCACAUGGUAGGAAACAAUACUGAUAAGGAAAUGUGGCAGCAUAGUUAAGUGUGCUUAACCUGGCACUAGAAGUCAGAGUUCAGGUCUUGGCAGGGUCAUUGUGUUGUGUUCUUGGGUAAGACACUUAAAUAUUAACUCUCAUAGUGCCUGUCUCUGCCAAGGGGUAUAAUUUUUGUACUGGUGAAUUCAAUGUAGACAUACUCUCUUUGUGCCAUAGGAGACUAGGGGAUCUGAGUUUAGGUUUUGGCCUAGUCAUUGUGUCGUGUUCUUGGGCAAGGCACUUUACCCUCAUGGUGCUUGUCUCCACCCAGGAGUAUAAUUUGGUAGUAGUGACCUAUCAAGGAAGCCCAACAAAAUGCUCAAGGGGCUUCCUGAAAUGGACUUGUGGUUGAGUUGGUUGUUGGUCCUUGUCCUUACUCCAAGCAUUUUUCUCCAGCUCAUCCAGUUUUUGUCCCUCUACAAAAACCAACAUUCUACAUUCCAAUUUUACCUGGUAGCAGUGGACAAGAAGAGCCAUUUAGUGGAAUGUCCUCUGCUAAACUUCAUUUUAUUUAUUACCAUCCAGUGAAUUCAAAGUAGAUAUACUUCAACCCUUAAACUCUCAGAUCAAAUUUGUAAUUCUCCUUACUGUCAACCAUACAAUUCUUAUCAUGUUAGUUCAGAGAAUUUAGUAUUGGAUCAACUAAUUAUCCCUAAAUUAAUAUUUUUCUUUAUUCUCAUCACUUACCUGGUAGAUAUUGUAUUGAUAUUGUAAGGAGAAAUUCUGUCUUGGUCACUUAUGGGGAUAACUUCUGUAGGCUUUGGUUCUCUUUGCCAGUAUGAAUAUUCUCAUUAUUGUAAUCUCUAUAUCCUCCCGAUGAUGCAGACAAUGAAGUUCUGUUAAUAAUAUAAUAAGGAGCUUUUUUUAUUUGGUGAUCAUUUUCUUUCUUCUCAAACUGUAAUGAUUGUUUCAUUGGCGAUACUGUGAGGAGAAAUUAGAUGCUAGUCACUCUUAGUGGCCAAAGGAUUAAGCAUGAAAUAAUACCACCAAUGUUGGAAUAUGUUGGAGGGAUUGAUGUAACUCAAUAAUAUCUUUAAAUGGUUAUUAUAGAUAGACAACUUGUAUUUUUUUUUUUGACAGGGAGAGAUUGCUGACAUCAUCACCAUGGACACUGGGAAAACUACGGCAGAUGCUUUAGGCAGCGUGCAAAGAGGAUUACGUGAGUUUGUGAUUGUUUUGUCGUCUCCUAUAGCUUUUCUCCCUUAAACUUGAAAUGGGUCUUCAAUCAUUGUGUUCAGCUCAUGAGAGUGUUGGGGUCAAUAAGUGAAAGAGGAGGUGGAAAUGGCAUGUGUCCUUUUUGACAAGGGGGCACCACUGCUUCACAGCUCUUAAAAGAAGGCUGUAGAUCACGUGGCUGUGGAUGGUCUGUAAAAAAAAAAACGUGUGAGAGGAGGUGAAGUUAGUGCAUAAGGUAAGAAAAGAUGGAGAGGAUGAUGUGGCAGCCUAAUGCAUAACAAAGUGCAAUGAAGUCAGAUACAUCAAUUGGUUAUAAUUUUUUUUCUUUUUUUUUUCAUUUCAUUCAGAGGUUGUUGAACAUGCAUGCUCAGUUACCACUUUGCAGAUGGGAGAAACUGUGUCCCAGAUCACCAAGGAUAUGGAUACAUAUUCUUAUCGUGUUCCGCUGGGAGUCUGUGCAGGAAUCACACCGUAUGUGGAAACUUUAUUAUUGUCAUUGUUAUUAUUAUUAAUGAAUAGUGUGUAUGUGGCAGUUUAUUGUGAUUUCUUUCCAUCCACUACUUUCCAGUCUUUCUUCCUUUUGAUAGAAAUAAACACACUCAGGCCACAGCCUGCCUGAUUACAAGUCAUUACCCCUUUUUAUGUUUUGGUUUCUGUUAUUUAUUUCAUGACAAGGUCUCCAGUCUUCCUUCCUCAACUAAAACCAGUUGUCUAAAUUGCAGCCUCAACCAGGAAACAGAGAACAGACAACAAGCUAGUGGCAGUGUUACUGCUAAAAUCCAAUUUAUCUUUACUUUUCCUUCAUUUUGUUUUAAACACUACAUGAUGGUUAAUCAAAGAGCUAGUCAAAGCCUGUUCUCUCUCUCUUUUUUUUUUUUUUUUUUUUUUUUUUUUCAGGUUUAACUUUCCAGCUAUGGUGCCAUUAUGGGUAAGUUAAAUUCUUGUUUUUGAGAGUAGUUUUCAUUUUUUAUACCCUUGAAAAAAGUCCAUCUAUCUAUCUAUCUAUGCCCAUCACUCCUCCUGGGGCAUAGGCUGCGAAUGACAGUCCACUAGAGACCUCUGUUCUGGGUCAUCCUUUCUAAUUGGCUCCAUGAGUGGCAGGUCUCUUUGAUGUCAACCUUAAGGUCAUGACACCAGGUGUUCCUUGGUUGUCCUCCCUUUCUCUAACCCUGGGGAUUCCAGUAAAGGGCCUGUCUUGUGACACUUGAUGUUGGUUUGGGAAGAGUGUACCAUAUCCAUGUCCAUCUUCACCUUCUGAUUUCAUAUUCUGUUGGUAUUUGGUUAGCCUCUCUCCAGAGGUCUGUACUGCUGAUGAUGUCUGGCCAGCAGACCCAUAGAAUUCUUCUAGGCAGCUGUUGAUGAAUGUCUGAACUUUCUUUAAAAAGUAGUUUAACGAUAACGUUAAGAACCACAGAAAAGUUUGCAGCUUAGAGCCCUAUUUUUAUAUGGACCCACAAGAACAAGGACUGUCAAGUUAUGAUGAUGUUUUCCAAUAAUUUGUUUGUAGAUGUUCCCUAUGGCACUGGUUUGUGGCAACACUAUGAUUCUCAAACCAUCAGAGAGGAACCCUGGCUCAACUAUGUUCAUAAUGAAGUUGGCACAAGAGGCUGGUGUUCCUGAAGGCUGUGUUAAUGUCAUACAUGGGACUGUUGAUCGUAAUGACAUUUCCUUUGUUAAUUAAUACAGUGCUGCAUGUUCUUUUUUUUGCUUGUUUCCAAGAGUAGCCAUUGUACAUUUCCUUGUAAAUUUAUUAACCCUUUAACUCUCAGAAGUGAUUAACAUGUUAUUUCUCCCUAUAAUAUCCUUACAUUAUCCAGCAAACUGGUAAUGAGAAAACUCAAACUUAUCAGGUAGAAGUUGUUGCCUUGAUCUAAAACCAAAUUCUUGUAACCAUCUUACAAGGAAAUUUGUAGCAGCUAGAGGGGAGAAUUAACAAUCAGAUCUUGGGAGUUAAAGGGUUAAAGGAAAUUGGUUUUACAUCAAUGACUCCCUCUAGCUGGUAAUUUUGUCUUUCUCAUCGCUUCCAAGGUAGAUACUGUAUUGAUAUUGUAUAGAGAAAUUACAUGUCAAGUACUUCUGAGAUUUGAUAGCUUGAAGAUAAGCAAUAGGUGUUUAGAACACACCCAAGCAGUACUGAUGAAAAGGAAGAUUUCUAGCUGGAAAACCAUGCUAAUUUAAUCAUUUGACAUUUCACUGUUUGGUUUUUCUGUAGCUGUGAGGUUCAUCUGUGAGCACCCAGACAUUCGAGCAAUUUCCUUUGUUGGAUCUGACACAGCUGUAAGUACAUUUAAAUAAUCAACUCUUAAGUUCUCUCCUAACUCUUUAACUCCCAAGAUCUCAUUAGUAAUUCUCCUUACUGUCUGCUAUACAUUUCUUCUCAUAUUACUUCUGAGAAUUUGGUGUUGAAUCAACUAAUAAUUCCCCAAUUGAUACUUUUCUUGGUUCUCAUCUCUUGUCUUCUUGAUUUUGUAUGGAUAUUGUAAGGAGAAAUUCUGUCUUGGUCACUUAUGGGAGUUAAAGGGUUAAAGAUGUAACCUUGUCUCUCACUGAAUUUUCAUUUCUUGUCAGGGUAAAUACAUCUAUGAGACUGGUUCCAAGCAUGGAAAGAGAGUACAAUCAAAUAUGGUAAAAUUAAAGAAUGCUGAUGUAUAAAACCUUUUCACCCUAGUUAAUAUCAGUAUGCAUGUUCUUCAUACUGUUCUCUAUACAUUUCAUAAGGAAUUUCUUUAGUUGCUUAUUUUGUCCUUUAUUAUCAUGACCUUUAUAUAAGGAGAAAUUAGAUGCUACAAUUUUGUCACUCUCAAGUGUCAAAUGUGUUUUAUUUUUUCUUGCCCUCUGAUGGAAAAAAAAAGAUUCCCUAUCGACUCUUUCACGGACAAAAGCACUGUUUUCCACCAUCCAGCUAUUUGCCUCGUUGUGUUAAAAAACUUAUCCCAAAGCAUUUCAGUGUAACUUUGUUUCUGUUUACAUAGAAUACAGUAAUUGAAGUUUUCAUUGCUGUUGGGUGGAGGUAUACUUUGUGAACAUGUCAUGCUGAUAAAUCGUAAACAGUGCCUGGCAAGACAGAGCCAGGAAGGAUGAAGGAAAUUCAAAGCUCCCCCUCCCUUCUCCAAAGAAAGAAUCUCAUAAACAGAAUACGUUUGCACUGAAAUCAUGCCCUGACCCCCCCCCCUCCUCCCGAAAUGACUGUUUAUCGUGUGGUUUUUUUUUUAAGGGAGCAAAGAACCAUGGUGUGAUCAUGCCUGAUGCUAAUAAGGAGAACACAAUCAACCAGGUUUGUGGCGUUUUUUAAGAGCGCUUUUCGACUGAUUUGUAAAACCAAAACUAAAGUAAUUGCAACGGCCAAUCAGAACAGGGGAGAUAACACAGUGAGCCGAUGAGAACUCAUGGUGGAAAUAAGCAAACUACCCGAAGCGCGGGAAAACGCGAGCGGUUAAAUUGCGACUCGUGCUAGCUUUGCCUCUGAUUGGUUAAAAAAAGAUGGCGUGCGAAUUAUCGACCAAUCACAGAGCAACGAAAUAGAAAAACAGAGAAAUUCCAGAUCACUAACGACGAUUAGUUGAAAACUGUUCCAAUUCGGCUUUCCAUUAAAAUCAUCUUGCGACAGAACUACAAAUGAAAAUGUUUUAGUGAGGUAUAACCAAUACUAUAUUUAAAUGAUGUUUUAGCUGGUUGGAGCAGCAUUUGGCGCCGCAGGUCAGAGGUGCAUGGCUCUAACAACUGCGAUUUUUGUUGGAGAAAGUAAAGAAUGGAUUCCUGAUCUUGUAGCCAAAGCCAAGCAACUUCAGGUGAACGAAGGUAAUAUGUCCAAAAAGAACCUUGUUUUACAAAUAUUUCGAAAUAUGUACCUUUCGGCCUUGUACAAGGCACAUUUCUAUUGUUAAUCUUAAGGGUUCUUUCGUUGCAUUUUAUGCUGUGCGUCCUGCGUUUUUUUUAUAUCGUGAUGUUACCUCGUUUGUAUUUCUGUAGCAUCUUCAGUUGACGUAAUGUAUGUUAUGUGUUACGUGAUGUUACUCUGUGUCGCACUAAACUUUACGUUACCGUUACGUGACGUUUUGGUGCGUUACGCGUUCUUGCGUUACCGUACAUCUCUCUAUGUUGCACCUCAACGUCAUGUUUUUUCUCUUUCAUCUCGUUAGGUCAUCAGCCAGGUACAGAUCUCGGACCUGUCAUUUCACCAGCAUCGAAAGAACGAAUCUGUAAUCUGGUGCAAUCUGGUAUUGAGGAAGGAGCAAAGGUAGGAAUUUCUCUCUAGCGGAGACAUGCCUUCUCGCCAGAAUAAAGAAAUGUUGGAUUUUGCGCUGGAGAGUACCAGCCGAUCAUGUAUUUUCUGCAGGAAGUUGGGUUUCCCCUUCGCGGAACAUGAGUGACACACUCAACUGUGCCUUGUACACCACUUUUUGUCCUUACCACAAUUUGACGUCAUCUUUGAUCUAUUACUGAACAGACGCACAGCUACAUGGAAUUUAUUUGAUAACCCUUUAACUCCCAUGAGUGACCAAAACAGAAUUUCUUCUUACAAUAUCAGUACAAUAUCAACCAGAUAAGUGAUGAUAAUAAAGAAAAAUAUCAAUUUGGGAAUAAUUAGUUGAUUCAAUACUAAAUUCUCUGAACUAACAUUAUAAGAAUUGUAUGGUUGACAGUAAGGAGAAUUAUAAAUUUGAUCUGCGAGUUACUGGGUUAAAUUUACCACAUAGAAUUUAUAGAAUGGAAUUCAGAGGAAUUCUCUCUUUAAUUAGGAUUCAUUCAAAUUAAACUGACAAUUUAAUCUUUUGACAGGUUGAACUUGAUGGCCGUGACGUUGUAGUGAAAGGUUUCGAAAAAGGAAAUUUUAUUGCUCCAACCAUCGUGUCCAAUGUCACAGUGAGUAACACUUUAUUUUCUGUAGUUUUACGCUUAUUUAGCCUGUAACUUCUCUAAAAAAAAGAAAGAGAAGGGAAAAAAGGGGAAAAUGGGUGGCUUAUCGUGUUUGAGCCAAUCAGAGUAAGCACGCUCUUUGGUGUGACAUUUUGGAAGCACUUUGCACGUGUUCGAAAAUUUCCUAAGUUUUUCAUCAGAGGCAUACUCCUCAGUACGUGGUUCUGUUUUGCAUCUUUUUCCCGCGCUUCCGUAUUUUUCAACCCUACAUUCUAGUCUCAUCUUUCGCAAGCGUAACGGUAUUAUUCUUAAUACCAAUCUAGUUCCCACGAUCUCUCUUCUUCCCCCUCUCCCCUCCCCCUUAUUCAAGGAAGUGAAAAGAAGAAAGAGCCUGGGAACGAGGGUGGUGCGAAACAUCCUUUACUGCUCACGAUUGCCUUUUGAUUCUUUCGUUACUCCAGCCGGAAAUGACGUGUUACAAGGAGGAGAUCUUUGGACCUGUUCUUAUCACUAUGAAUGUGGACACUCUGGAUGAUGUAAUGUUCAAUUUUCAUUACUUUAAAUUUUAAAUAUCACCAGGGGACGCGGUAGCACAGCAGGGGACGCGGUAGCACAGCAGUUGGCGCGCUACAGAUCAGAGGGUCUGGGUACCUUUAAUUACCAAAAUCUGAUUCUGGAUUAUUCGUACUGUCUGUCUUUACAUUUCUCGUAAUGAAGAACUUGAUGUAAAAUCAAGAAACAUUUCUUAGUUGAUUAUUUUCUUUCUUCUCAUUACUUUUCUGCGUGAAAAUGCAUUAACAUUAUAAGGAGAAAUUCCUUUUUGACUCUCAAGGGUUAAAGAAUUAAUUUUGUGGGUUGAACAGAGGUUUGUUCGUUUCAUUUAAGGCUAUUGACAUUGUGAACAGUAACCCGUACGGUAAUGGAACUGCUAUCUUCACAAACUCUGGAUCAAUAGCACGAAAAUACCAGCACAAAGUGGAUGUUGGACAAGUGAGUAACAAAAAGCGUUAAAGUGUAUUUCUACUGUGUUACAAAAAUCAGAACAAAGGAAAAACCCAAAGAAGGAAAUCUUACUUUAAGUAAAAACAAGGAAACUGCUUGAAGCGCGGGAAAACGCGGGUGACCAAGUCACGGUUUGUGAUCUCAUUGGUUGAGAAGGUGGCGCGAGCUGUUUUCUGAACCAAUCACAUAUCGAAGUAAAGCAAAACCAAAGCCAUCCUGGAUCACUUUUCACUCUCAUCAUUUCAGUAAGUUGGAUCGCCUGAUAGUUUUGGGUUGGAUUAAACAUGUCAGUUGGUAAGAUUAUUUGAUCUUUUUCUUUCAUCGCAGAUCGGUGUCAACGUUCCCAUCCCAGUCCCCCUUCCCAUGUUCUCUUUCACUGGAUCACGUGGUUCUUUCUUAGGAGAUGCGCACUUCUACGGAAAACAGGUUGGUACAGAUGUCUCAAACGUGUGUGUGGGGGUAACUGUUGAUCCUGUACAAGACAAAAUCCUUUCAUUUCGCUACUUUGCUCAAAACAAAAUUGUCAUUGAAAGUGAGGAGUAGGAUUCCUCUCAUCUUCUGUGUGCUUGGCUUAUUCGGAUUGUGAUUUCAGCUCUUUAUGAAAGAGCCUUACGUUUGGCGAAUGAUACUAGCCGGAGCGGAAUUGGGAGCCAGCCGCCCAUAUUUUCACUUUUCACUUCUACUGGGUCCCAUUUACUAUGUAAGAGCUUUGUUUUACUGGCCUACUAAACAUCGACUUUUCUUUUGACUUUGUGUUCAGGGCAUCAACUUCUACCUGGAAGUAAAGACCAUCACAAGUCUCUGGAGAGACGAAGAUGCAGAAGCCCUCAAAGCACCUACAGCGUUCCCCACUAUGAAGUAAAUCAAGGAAGCAAAAAAUCAGCACAGAAUUCUUGCCAUAUAUGAAGCGUAGACCUCAUUUAGUACCCAGAUUUUUCUUGUGUGAUUGGUCACGGGAGAUCUGGGUGUAAGACUAGCACUCCGCCUACGGACCAGAGAUUAAGAUUUGAAUGAAUAAAAAAAUGGCUUUUGUGUGGGUGACAUAAACGAAAGAGAUGUAGAGGAAAAAUUCAACCGUUCAUGUUUCACAACGAUACUGGGAGUCUUUAGCGAUGGAAGGAAAGUUAGAAACCCAAGGAGAGAAUAUUUUUAAUGGCGGCUGAAUAUUAUGACUCAGUAGUGCUAAUGUACUCUUCAAUUCUUGCAGACUAUUGACCGUACAUCUGUAUAUUGCUACUCUGUGGACUGUCCGUAAAUAAAGCAGUUACCU